GUUCACACAAACCGUACAAUAGACAUAGCUUCACUGUACUUUUUCCUGAGCAGGUAUUAGAUCAUUCUGCUUCGUCAAUGGAACAUUGUCCGUACAAUUUCUACUCACUGAGAAUGGAUUCUACUCCGAAGAAGUCUCCUUUACAACCCAGAAGUACGAUUUUCAGUAUGUUUACAAGAACAAAAUGCUGUAGUAUAGCUGGUAUGAUGAAGCCAUCAAUGGCUGAAGCAAACUCUGGUCUUUCUUACAAGAAAUUUGUUCACUUUGCUUUGGAAGAGACUAAGAAACACACCCAGUUGAUUCCUUCUUCACUACAGGAGAACUUCAAUUGCUUGAAGGCCAUUGACGGUAAAACAGAGCUUGAAAUGCAUUCUUUUGGAUCAUCUAACAUCCGACUACUCCGGAGUUUGUCCGUUGAGGGGAGUGAUGGGAUGCAGGUCUUGGAUUUUGCCAUAUUCCCCAGACCAGAGUUUGAUCUUCCAAUUUUUUGUGCCAACUUUUUCACCACAGCAGUCAUGAAUAUAAUUGUCGUUAAUGUGUUCAGGGACCUCAACCCGUUGCAUGAUGUGAUCAGUCGACAGGAUUACAAGGAAAAGUACUAUAAGCACUUAAUUCCUCUCGGACUCAAGUAUGCUGAGCUUUUGCCAUGGGGAGGAAGGAUAACCACUGAGUCUAUGAAAUUUUUCUCACCUAUCAUAAUAUGGACCAAGUUUCCCCCAAGCGAGCAGAAGCACCAUGUUUUGUAUUCUGCUUUCGAGGAUUAUCUAAAGUCAUGGCUUGAGCUGAUGGACCAGGCAUCAAUGGAAACUGAUGUUUCUCAGAUUAUGUUGAAUCUUGAAUCCCAGCAUAGGUAUCUCACAUGGAGAGCAGAGAAGGAUCCAGGCCAUCAAGUCCUGAGAAGAUUAGUCGGGGAGACUCAUGCCAAGGAAAUAAUUCGGAGUUUUCUCUUCAAUGGAGUUGACGACCUCGGAAGCAAAACAUUCGUUGAUUACUUCCCGGAGUACAAGAGCGAGGAUGGAACUAUAAAUCAAAAGCGCAGUAUGAUUGGGAAAUCAUUUGAAAGCCGUCCGUGGGAUGCAACAGGAGAAUUCAUAGGUAACAGUAUAACAUAGAGCAGACGGCCUAUUACUCUCGUCCUCAGACUUCCUCCGUUGUUCCUUGUGCCUGACAUCCACAUCUUCAGCACGAAAAUUGUUACGGGCUCGUGUAGAACUGAUCAAAGCACUUUACUCUUGUUCCUCAUCUAGCUUGGCACGGUAACGCCUCAAUUUUUGUAUGAUUUAUUACAGCACAGAUCAUGUAGGUUCCUACUUCCAGACAUCAAAGAACUUGCAGGGAAAGGGGUUGAGUGUCUUCUGUUGUUAUUUGAAUCCUUUUUUAACACUUUCUAUGUUGUUUCAGAUGUACGCUAGUGUAGGUAUGGUUUCUUAAAACUAAUGUGCUUCUUUGUAUUAUCGAAUUUUCAAAUAAACACGUGACUUACAUAAUCUUGAAAUAACUA